AUGCUCUUGAGUGUAGACGAUGAAAUAAAAAAGAAAACCGGUGUCUUAAUGCAGUGCUACGAUGAAUUUAAGUCCAUUCUCCAGUUAACCAAAGAAAAGUACGAUCAAGCUGAGACUGAAAAUAACAACGUCGUAAUCGAAUAUCAUAAUAAAUUAAAAGGUAUUAUACGUUGCAGAAUAUUAAUUAUUAGAGCACGGAUGUUGUAGUAGUAAAAAACUAGUAAAAUUUAUUGCAGUAUUACUUACUUGGUAAUAAAUUGAAAAGCCAAAAGAAAAGUUUCAAAUGUAACAACACUCGUGCCCUAUUAAUUAUUAUUAUUUGUAGUCGCAACCGGGUCAGAAAAAUAAAGUCAAAUUAUUUCCAUUGUUCCGCAUGUUUAAAAUUACACACGUGUUAGUUUUAAAAACUGUGAAAAUCCUAUAAUGUCAUAAUAUUGUUAUUUUUUUUUCUAUCAGAAUUGAACGAUAAAUGCAAUGAAAAUAAAAUAUUACAAGAAACGAUUUCAGAAUUGAAAAGUCUAACCGAGACGAACGAGAAAAUCGAACAAGAAAUCGAGUCAUUGAAUGAGGUUUACGAGAAAAAUAUUUCAGAAAUACAUCGUAUGUUUCUGGUAUUUUCACGUGUAAAACAUUUUACAUUACGAUCAUUGACCAUGCGUUUAAUUAUUAUAGGAUUCGAAGAAGAGAAGUCGAAUAAUUCACAAAUAUCGUUUAGUAAACCACCGUUGAACUUAGAUUUAGAUGAUGAAUUUCUCGGUUUUGAUUCAGUAACAGUAUCUCAAUCUGUAAGUUAUUAUUUUUAAUUUAUAUGUUAUUAUUAUUAUUGUUAUUAUAUGUUUUUAAUCAUUUCCUGUAGGAAACGCAGAUCGGUUCCCACAGAUACGAAUCGUAUAGAAUUUUUUAUUAUAAAAUUAAAAACGAUUCGAUGGAAGUAAAAAAUGCCAUCGAUUCCUUGCUAAAAAUAAUGAACGAAACGUAUUCAUCAAUUGAAAUGGAAAUACAUAAACUAGAUACAGUAAGGUGUGUUUAUUCGCUGACAGUCAUACAAUUAGGAGCGUUCCUUUCCAAUUUAAAUUUAAAACAAUCUGAUAAAUACGAUUUUAAACGUGUUUAAUUUAAUACCUACUGCGCUGAGUGUGUGAUGUUUGACAUAAAUAUGGUAUUGGGUUUUUAAAAAUAAUUUUUGUAAAUUUAACAGAGAAAAAUUAAAUGUUAAAUUUUACAUUUGUUUGAUUUAUAAGUUCCUCCUUCGAAAAACACUUUAUUAUCAUUGAAAACGUCAUUUUUAAACGUUGAACAAUAUUGAUAAAAAUGCCAUCAAUAACACAAAUCCGAUACCUAAUAAUUAGGGACCGGAUUUAUGUGCUCUUAAAAUUCACAAAAAAGUGCAUAAACACAUCAAACACACAAAAGCCCUGAAAAAGCACUUCGAUAAAUUUUAAAAAGCAAAAACAGUAGAGAGAUUUAAAACUCUACCCCUUUAUUAUAAAAUAAAAUUGUACUCUCCAAAUAAAAAUAAUUAACACAAAGUAUUUAUUUUUUAUAACAUUUUAAGAAUGAUACGUAUCCGGUCUCUACUAUAAUGAAACAUAAUUAUUUUAUUUUAAAAAUAAUUAAUAACAAACAAUACAAUAGGUAUUCAUACUAAGGAGGAUAAUAAAUAUAAUUUUAGCCUUUAUUAGGGAAGAAAACCUAAUUUCAUUACACAUAUUUUAUGUAAUUAAUUGUAAUCGAUAACUAUUAACUUUAAUAGUUAUAUUAAUUAAUUGUUUAACAUUAAUAAAGGUUAGAUAUCAAAUAAAUCAAAACUCGAAGAUUAUUAGCGGACAGUUUGAAAGUAUUUUCCAAGGCGAUCAAGAUGCCUUUGACGAUGUAAUAUUGUAAUGUAUAUUUAAAAUAAUAAACAAAUGAUUACUGUUCAGUAACUGAACAGUUAUAGUUAUUAUAGGUAGAUAUCUAAAUAUGUUACAGUUAGUAAAAAGACGAUGUGUUUGGGAAGAAAUCAAAUUGAAUCUGGUUCGCCAUUUGGAUGAAUUGGAGUCGGACAUGAUGAGAAUGGGAAAUCGUGUUAAAAGACCAGUGCGAUUUCCCAAUAACACGACAUAUCGUUGUAAUUAUUCUAAGUCACAUUUAAAAAAUAAGCUUUCCAUUCAACAACUAUUCAAUAUAUGGAGUAAAUUGAUCGAAUGGACGCAGCACGGGUAG